GUUCAUUUAAUGUGCAAUAAAAGGAGCCAUCUCGAUCGAUCCCUUAGUUGCAUUUGAGGACCCCAUCGGGAAAAGGGACAAGUGCUGCGAUCAAAAUGCAGGUACUUUCGCCUGUCGCAAGCGACGCGCAGAAUCCAUCGACAUCCGUUUCGUUGACAAAGGUAAGCGUUUUGAAAGAUGACGGGCAAACCAGAAAACAGCUUAGCGAAAAAGAAAAGGCGAAAAUGAGAAGAAAGGAACUUGGGCUAGCUUAUGCAGUGGAUGAAAAUCCUCCUUGGUACGUGUGCAUAACCUUAGGAUUCCAGCACUACAUGACGAUGGUCGGUGGCACUCUCUCUCAGCCCUUCAUCAUCAGUGGUGCCAUGUGUUUCGCCAAUAAUCCUCUUGUCAUUGCUGAGGUAUUAAGUACCCUGUUCUUCGUGUCUGGCAUUGCUACCCUUCUGCAAGCUACUUUUGGAGUGAGGCUGCCAAUCAUCCAGGGAGGAACAUUCUCGUUUUUCGCGCCAAUGUUUGCAAUCUUGUCUCUUCCGAAAUGGAAAUGUCCUGUCGCAACAUCAGAAGGUACAAACUCAACUUUGAACGGAACGACAAUUGACAGUGAAGAGAUAUGGCAGCUACGAAUGCGAGAGAUCCAAGGUGCCAUCAUGGCGUCCUCGGUGUUCCAAAUAGUCAUCGGAUUCUCGGGUGUGAUUGGCUUUAUGAUGAGGUACAUUGGACCAAUCACAGUGGCUCCCACUGUCACGCUCAUUGGUAUUGCUUUGUUCCACRUUGCUGCAGAACAUGCAGGAAAUCACUGGGGGAUUUCAAUGAUGACUGUGGCGCUAAUCAUCCUUUUCUCGCAAAUUUUGUGCAAUGUUUUGGUGCCUCUGCCGUCUUACCAGAAAAACAUUGGAUUUUGCAUCAAAAGACAGCCAAUAUUCAAGCUGUUCCCUAUAAUUCUUGCCAUCGUGGUGUCUUGGUGUUUCUGUGCAAUCAUUACAGCAGCAGGAGGGUUUYCUUCAGACCCAAAUCAUCCAAACUACAAAGCAAGAACUGAUGCCAGAACGAUCGUUCUUCGAGAAGCAAAGUGGUUUAGACUCCCCUACCCUGGUCAGUGGGGUACCCCAACAGUUAGUGCCGCAGGGGUCUUCGGGAUGUUAGCAGGUGUUUUAGCGUCAAUCAUUGAGUCUGUCGGUGAUUACUACGCCUGUGCACGACUUUCUGGCGCGCCGCCUCCACCCAAACAUGCCAUCAACCGUGGUAUCGGCAUGGAGGGUGUCGGGUGUUUGUUGACUGGGGUCUUUGGUACCGGUACUGGAACCACGUCUUACAGCGAGAAUAUAGGAGCUGUUGGAAUAACAAAGGUCGGUAGCCUACGCGUGAUCCAGUAUGGGGGUCUAGUCAUGUUGGUGGUUGGUGCUGUUGGUAAGAUAGGCGCUCUCUUUACAACCAUUCCUGAUCCAAUCGUUGGAGGACUCUUCUUGGCCAUGUUCGGGAUGAUCGCUUGUGUGGGGAUCUCGAACCUUCAGUACGUCGAUAUGAAUUCAUCCAGGAACAUCUUCAUCGUUGGACUCGCACUAAUAAUGGGAUUAGCUCUUUCUCACUACAUGAAUGGACACCCUGGUGCCAUCAAUACAGGUGUUGACGAAAUAGACCAGAUCGUGACGGUCCUGUUCAAGACCAGCAUGGCAGUUGGCGGGAUCAUCGCUUUGAUUCUUGACAACCUCAUCCCAGGAACCCAAGAAGAGCGCGGGCUUUUGGUGUGGUGCAAGCAAGAGGAAUCCCACGAUGAAAAGGAAGAAGUCGUUGUCUCUAGCAUGGCGUCCAUCCACGUGUACGACCUGCCCUUUGGACUUAAUCGCUUGAGCAAGUACAACAUCGCCAAGUUUCUACCAUUCCUGCCUUAUUACCCACCACCGCCAGAACAAAAAAAGAAUAAUUUCUCCUUAGGAGAGAGGAAUGGGGCGCUGACACAGGAAGAACUACAUUAAUCUGCAGAUAGCCAAAGCGGUCUCAAUACGUUGAAAUCUAUUAGGCAAAUACAAAAGAGAUUGGGUGCAAUGUUUUCAUUUCAGACCAUGUGUCAUUCCCUAGAGUAUCAUUUCUUUGUUUAUAAUACACUCAACAAAAUUACUUGAUUCUGAUUGGACAAGAGGAACUCGCAUACCUAAUCUUCCCGUAGAAUGCCAGCCACAAUGACCGCUUUGAUCACGUGACCUCUUAGUGCAAUUCUAUUGUACUCGAGAUCACGUAGCCUGCGUAGCUGCCCUCUGUUCAAAAUACAGAGGGCGGCUAUUCAGGCUAGAGAUUGUGCGAUUUCCUGUACUUAACGGUUGUGCACUGAGAAAAUGCAUGAAUAUGAAUACAACUCAAACGAAGAUUCUUAUUCUCAAGGGAAUGACACGUGGUCUGAAAUGAGAAAACGUUACGCACAAGAUGAAAGGGUCUAUAGGAAUAUAGUAUUUAGUAUAGUUUUUUUUUCUCUUUUUCUUGAAGCCUUCAUUUCCUUCAUUUCAGUUUCAUUUAUAUAUUUAAUGAUAGCCAAGAAAUGGAAAUAAAACCUGAAAUAUCUAUA